AUGUCAUUUGCUGGCACGUUGAUCUGUUGCGCAUUUGGAGGUCUUGUAUACAAAUACGGAGACCAAAGGCAUACUCUAUUAGAACCGCCAGAAGAACUUGGGGUCCAGGAUUAUACAGUACGUUUUGCGAAAACCAAGAUCAAAAUCUUGAAACGUCGUUUCAAAGAUGCGGUAGCGAGUCUCGUGCCUGGACUUUCCACACCAGGAAUAUACCUUUAUCCGCUUGUCUCAUACUGGGAAUUACUCAGCACUCCAGAGUAUUGGAAAUCCAGCGUUCCCAUAAUGGUAGUUUAUUUACUAUUGUAUGCGCUAGUCACCUUUGUAUAUCUACUGACAAUUCUACCGGUGUACACUCCACUUUCCGUUUUCUUGGGCCCCAUCGGAUUGAUCGUUGCAUGGAUCCACAUGUUCCUCCAUACAAAUAUGUUGACAAUGAUGACGAUCCGUAUGUCACAGAUGAACUCGUUCACCAUGUACCAGGGGAUGGCAAUCAGAAGCAUGGAUGUGAACAUCAUAGAUGCAGGUAAUGACCAGCCAAUCAAGUAUUAUUACCCGUUAGCAUCUACAUAUUUCUUCUUCAACCAUUUACCCUGGAAAUUGACAGAAUACUUCGCUGGAUUCGUGGUUCUAUGUGGCUUAUUACUGAUCUCAUCGAUUCCUAUCUUGGGACCCUUCAUCUUCCAUACCCUAAUUUCACCCUUCAUAACAAGACUAUAUUGGGCACCAUACCUAAGAUACCUGAAAGUGGAUAACUUACAAAGAGAAACAAGAUUUUACAAGAUGAUGGGCCAAUAUAUCGCAUUCGGACUUGUCGCUGGACAGUUGGAAUCAUGGCCCAUCGUAUCAGCACUUGCAUACUCUGCUCAUGCCAUAGCCAUCUGCCAGUGGGCACAAGAUCUGCCUACACUAUUGAACUAG